AUGUCGCUCGCACGAACAUCCAACGCCCUUCGAAGGUGGCCAUGUCUCUACGAUAAGCCUCCACUCUCCCUGUCUACCGGCUAUAUCCCAAACAACACCCGUCUAUCGGACAACCGCACCCCUCGCACUACCAAACACAAAACCACAUCUCCACAAAUCACCAGGCCAUUCCACUGUACAGCCACCUGCAAUGCAGCUCGAUCUCCGGCCGCCCGUCGAGCUCAGGCUCAGACUCAGCGGCUGCGGCCAGUCUACUCCAGCGAUGGCCUAUUCAACCUCCCCGCGCACGGUGACCUGACAGCACGUCUUAGGUACCUCGACGAGAAAGGUCCGCUGCUAUGGAUGUCUGCAUUGGCCGAGGGGCUCCUUGACGACAAAGUCACGAAGAAGGAGUUUUUAGAUAUCGCGAAGCGGUUACUAGAAACCGCUCAUAGAGAGCUGCCGUCCGCAGACGCCAUCCGGGGGAUAUCCUCAGAUCCCGACCUCAUCUUCCAAAUCGGCUACAUCAUCUCCGGCGGUAACCCAACCUUCCGAGAAUGGCUCCUCGCCUCCACCACCCACGCAGGCGCCCGCGUCCCCCUCCUCAUGUCCGCCGCCCGGUACCUGAACUCCCUGCGCGACGCCGCCCCAGUCCGCACCCCGACCCUCGAGAAAAUCGAGCAUCUCGCCCUCCACGACCGCGACCCGCGAGCCAUGACCCUCCACGCCAAGAUCCUCGGCCUCCGGAAACGCUACGCUGAUGCCCUCCGGCUCAUCGAGCAGGUCAUGGCCCUCAUCUACCCGUCCAAGGUGCCCGUUGCAAAAGACGGGGGGUUCGCGAUGGCGCGCAUUGAGCCGCCCUGGCGCGUGUACGCGUGGCUGAAGGAGAAAGCGAACGCAACCACGAAAACAGGCACAGCAACUGCUGCCGAGGCUGGAACCCAGACAGAUGGCCUCCUGCGCUCCGCAGCGCUGGAUUACCAAGAUCCCCAGUCGCUGGUCCAGUACGCCGCGGCGCGGAUGCAAGCGGGCGAUCUGGCCAUGUAUGAGGAUUGCAUGAGCCGGGCCGCGACGGCGGGGAACGCCGAGGCGUGCCGCCGUCUAGCUAACUUCUACUAUCUUACUUCGCUGGGACGGUACCCGCGGCGUGGGGUGCGCGAGGCCGAGGCCGAGGCCACGGCCCCCGUGGAAGCAGCGACGGAGCCAACCUMCAGCGCAUCCUCGCAAACGAGUGAACCGAGCAAUCGGGGAAAGUUCUCUGCUCUGCUUUCCAGUGUCUUCGGGCCGCAGCCCCGCGCGGAGUACCGCAAGCUAGCGACAGAAUGGUACGAGCUGGCCUUCAGCCAUGGCAAUGAGCAGGCGGCGGUGGUUCUGGCGGUGCUGCUGCGGGAAGAUGGUUUCGCGGCUCGGGGGUUGCAAUUGCUGGAGCAGAUUGAGGGAUCACCUUCGCUUGGGCCCCUUGUGAGGCAGAUCAAGUCUCAGUGGGAUGAGCAGGAUCAGGAGGUCGGUAUCCCCGCUGAGCUGCUGGACGUUUGA